CAGAGCAAGAGUUACAACAAAGGAGCUGAUAUAUCCAGAGCCACAACCUGAGCCAAUGGCAGAGUCCUCCUCAUUCAGUGAAGUCUCAUUCUCAGAUUCUGACUGGGGUAUAGAUAACGAGGGACCGAUCAUGGACCAGAGUGAAGGAUUAUUGGCUGCUUCAAUGAAUCUUGCUGCUAUGCCAAGAUUACCUCAGGUGAGGGUACCCGCUGGUCUUCAGGCACCUCAGUACAUGGAGGAGAACCGCCCAAUCAAACUGGAAUAUACCGUCAAGGUUGAGAAGAUCUAUAAGGGAGAUGAUCUCUUGAUGCCUAAGUCUACCGCCAAGAUCGCCACAGCAGCCAUUGAUGCAGCGUGCGGAGUCACUGACUUAGAAGUGGGACAGGUCUAUGUUCUAGCAGGAACAUUUUACAAUGCUGAGCUGAGGAUUUCAUCUUGUAACUGGAAGGAGGGGUACAAGAACAUCACUAAGAGACAAAGACAAGGCAUCAAACAUACCUACAAAUUACAGUGUGGAAAAUGUGAAAUCUCCCCCUGCUACGGGCGCUACUGCCCAACGGAACCCGUGCCUGAUGUCUGCAUGUGGGACCUCUCUCACUUGAGGGAUGACUGUGAGAGCCAAUAUGCCUACUGCUCCAGAGACGGUAGCGGACAGUGCUUCUGGAACGGAAAGACGGACAUGCGCCGGUGCAUCCGCAGACGAGCUAAGGGAAGGGCACAGAGCCGAGGAGGCUUCAUGCCAUGAGCCACCAACAGAGGGUGUCCUCCCUUUACCCAUCAUGCCUGAUUCUCUUCUUCCUGUUGGAGUGAAGUGCUCUUUGUGUACAAUGUACAUAACUUACUAAUCAUGGACACUCUCCUUUGAAGACUUCAGUGUUUGACAUCAUCCAUAAUCUAUCAAACUAAUCUAUUAUUUUCUGAAUAAUUACCAAACAUUCAAAAUACCCACUUUAUUUCUAAACAAGAAAGAAGGAGGGCCACCAGGAGACAAACAUUUAGUAAAAGAUGAAAUCAAACAAUUUUAAAUGAUUUAAAAAAAAAAGGAAAUGGAUAAAUGGUCUGUGUGGAGCUAGAAGGAUGUUAACUCUUAUACUUAAGAAUAUUCAGCGUUAACACCCUUUGCCUCGAAACAGAUAAACUGAAAAAACUUGACAUCGUAUUUACAUCUUCAAGACCACAUUUACAGGGAAUCAUUGGAAUGCGAUUAGUUAUUUUAAUCAUUAAAGGUACUGUAUAUUUUGUGUAAAGGUAUUAUUAGAUUUUAAUGUAUAGAUUUCAUAAGUAAUUGUUAUUUGAUAUUUUAUUGAUUUAAUUUAAUUUGUACAGACUUUAAGAAGAACAAGCAAAACAAACAAAAAAGUUCAUUAGAUUUGAUGAAAUAUUCAGCUCAAUGUAAUAUUUAGUAGAGCUUAUCCAUGCAUUCAUAAUUUGUCCGUUUAAAUUAAGUUUAUAUUGCAUCAAUAAUUCUUACUGCUAUUCUACAAUGUAAAAGUGUUUACCUUCAGAAAGAAAUUGCCACAUCACAUAUCUCAAGAUAAACUUUUGUUUCAACAUGAAAUAAAAUCCAUUUUCUGUAUUGAUAUCCUAAGGAUAUUUGACAUCAUUCUAUCCUGUUUUAAAAUUCUUAUUUAUUGCCCUCGGUCUCCGCACAAAUACGCAAAACAUGUGCAAAAUAUAGGAUCAUGACAAUUUCUAAAAACUUCAAAAAAUGCAAAGAUGCAGGCAUAUUGAUAUGUUUGAACUUGACAAAUAGUCUUUUAACUAAUGUUUAAGAACUUUUAAGGGUCAUUAUUCAAAUAGUGUAUAAAGGUAUAAUUAUGUAGAUAUAUUGUAUACUGUUAAAUCCCUAUUUUCUAAACAAGGUCCACAAAAACAAGAUUCUAGAUGAGGAUUAAUUGUAAAGCAAUAUCUUGCUGGUUUUACAAAAUGAUUAUAUAGAUGAUGAAAAUCAAGGAAUUUCUUUGAAAUUACUGAAAAUGUUAUCAUGGUAUGUAUGACUUUAAAGUCAUAGAUACCAAAUUACAAAAUUAAUUCUUAUUAUAUUCAUUGAAAGAGCAGCAUUGAUUUCCACUCCCUAUCAAAAUUAGUAGCUUUAAGCUGAGGCCAUUUCAUAAAAACCAGCCAAAUUGAAUUGGAUUUUGGUUGGUCUGCAUCUAGUACUUGACUUUUUUUGUUCGAUUUUUUUCUGCAAGUCUUCUAUUUUUUGUAAAUAUUGCUGACUUAAUUCCCUCGGUAUGUUUAUUUAAUAUUCUUUGAACAAAUUCAGUGUGUUUUGUUAAUCUAUUACUUAUAAUUAGUCUACAUUAUCAUCUUUUGUCUUCCAUAACUAUAACUUUGUUCCGUCACCGAUUUAUAAAAGAUUGAGAGUGAGAAAAGAAAAAUGAUACAAGUGAGGUUGAAGAGCACUAUAUGAAAGGUAGCACAUGUAAAUAUUUUAAAUCAUUUGUGAUGUUAAUAGUAAUUCAUAUAUUUCAGAUGAAUAACCAAUAUUUUGACAAACCAGUGCUUGUUUGUAUCAUGUGUAAUUGUAUAUAAUGUUAGGAUAAAUAUCUAUAACCUUCGUUCUGCUGAUAAAAGACAAUAAUUGAUGCUUAUAUUCUAAAAUUCCUCAAAAUGGUUUUGCUGAAGGUUCAUCUUGUAUAAAUCAUACUAACAUUUCUUCAUACCUACCUCUAUAUAAUAUCACUCUUUGUGAGAAAAAAAA